AGGCGCUGGGAGCUGUCACCCUCCGAGGCGCAUCCAUCUGUCCCCGGGCUGGGACGCUGCAGACACGAGCAGAAAAGAAAGACUGGAAGGCGAGAAAGAGACAGGGUCAUGGCCACCACCAAUGGAACCUUGGAGAACGGGCAGCCGGACAAGAAGAUGCCUCCCUUGCCGCAUCCCAUUAGGAAUUUGGAGGUCAAGCACACGAAGAUAUUUAUCAACAAUGAGUGGCAUGAAUCCAAGAGUGGAAAAAAGUUUCCAACAUAUAAUCCUUCAACUGUAGAGAAAAUAUGUGAAGUGGAAGAAGGAGACAAGCCUGAUAUAGAUAAGGCAGUGGAGGCCGCAAAAGCAGCAUUCCAGAGAGGAUCUCUAUGGAGACAAAUGGAUGCCCUGAGCAGAGGCCGGCUCCUUCACAAACUGGCUGACCUCAUGGAGAGGGACAGAAUCAUUUUGGCAACUCUGGAAACUAUGGACACAGGAAAACCUUUUCUUCAUGCCUUUUUCAUUGACCUGGAGGGCUGCAUCAAAACACUCAGAUACUACGCAGGGUGGGCAGACAAGAUACAUGGCAGAACGAUUCCAGCAGAUGAAAAUGUUGUGUGUUUUACCAGGCAUGAACCAAUAGGUGUCUGUGGAGCAAUUAUUCCUUGGAACUUCCCAUUGAUGAUGCUUAUUUGGAAGAUGGCACCAGCCCUCUGCUGUGGGAAUACCAUCGUUAUUAAGCCAGCUGAGCAGACACCCCUAACAUCACUUUAUCUUGGAUCUUUGAUCAAAGAGGUGGGAUUCCCUCCAGGAGUAGUGAACAUAGUUCCAGGCUAUGGGCCAACAGCAGGAGCAGCUAUUUCUUCACACCCUAAGAUCGACAAAAUAGCCUUCACUGGAUCAACAGAGGUUGGAAAGCUCAUUAAAGAAGCUGCUUCUAAAAGUAAUCUAAAAAGAGUAACUCUAGAGCUUGGCGGGAAAAAUCCAUGUAUCGUUUGUGCUGAUGCUGAUUUGGAUUUGGCAGUAGAGUGUGCCCAUCAGGGAGUGUUCUUUAACCAAGGCCAGUGCUGCACAGCUGCCUCCCGAGUGUUUGUAGAAGAGCAGAUCUACCCUGAAUUUGUCAAGCGGAGCGUGGAGUAUGCCAAGAAGAGACUCGUUGGAGACCCAUUUGAUGUCAAGACUGAACAAGGGCCACAGAUUGAUCAAAAGCAGUUUGACAAAAUUCUGGACCUGAUAGAGAGUGGGAAGAAAGAAGGUGCUAAACUGGAAUAUGGGGGCUCAGCCAUGGAAGACAGGGGGCUAUUCAUAAAGCCCACGGUGUUCUCAGAAGUCACAGACAACAUGCGGAUUGCCAAAGAGGAGAUAUUUGGGCCUGUACAACCAAUAAUGAAGUUCAAAAAUAUAGAAGAAGUCAUAAAAAGAGCAAAUAGUAUCGAGUAUGGACUCACUGCAGCAGUAUUCACAAAAAAUCUUGAUAAAGCAUUGAAACUGGCUUCUGCAUUAGAAUCUGGAACGGUUUGGAUCAACUGCUACAAUGCCAUAUAUGCACAGGCUCCAUUUGGUGGCUUUAAAAUGUCGGGAAAUGGCAGAGAACUAGGCGAAUAUGCUUUGGCAGAAUACACAGAAGUGAAAACAGUUACUAUUAAACUCAAUGAGAAGAACCAUUGAAUGGGAUAUAUCCUUCUUUAAGCAUCUGACGUUCUGAAUGUGGCAGAGAAAUUUUGUAGAACACAGCACUUCUUUUAAAAAACAACUACUACUACUACUUUAUUUCUUCUAAGACUUUUAUAUUUCUCAGAUUUUGAAAGAAGUUUUUUUUCUCAUUCACAUCCACCUUCACUCAUUCAAACUCUGGAGGGCUCCAUUAGCCAUCUGUGAAUUUUGUCAUAUUUUAUGGUAAUCAAGUCAUCACUUAUUUUUAGUUUUGCCCCUUUAGACCUGGUCACUGGGGACAGUGAAGAAGCUCAGGACAUUGUUAAAAAAAAAGUUUCCAAAAACAAUGGUGUCUGACCUGUGCUUGAAAAGCACUUGGCCGAAUUUCUUUUGUCUGUUAAGAACUUGGGGAAAAAAGUUUUCCCUAAACCUGGAGAGGAGAAACUGUAUAAUUUAUAAUGAUGGGUCUUACCAAAGACCAGCCCUCCUUAAGUCUAUGGUUCAUUCCAGCCUUGAUAGUAAGAGCAACUGGAUAUUGCCAUUCAGUAACAGGAAGGUUAGGUAGAAAAUACAUGUGUUGAAUGGCAUGAAAAAUGGAAACUACUUUGAUUUGAAGAUGAUAAUCUUGUGUCAAGUUCCUUCAUAAAAAAGAUAUUCAUAAUAUUAGAGAACAGGUUGAAUGGUGAUCAUUUUGGCAAGCAGUCAUCUUUAAUCAUACUGUAGUAUACAUUAUUACUUAGUUUAAAGUUAAUAAAAAGUCCCUGAAAUAUCUCUAAUUCAGAAGCCCCAAGGACAUACUACAUACAGCAUAUGUGUGGAUAUAUAUAUAAGUAUAUAUCUCCAAGCACUUUCUUUUGGGGGGAGGGGAGAAGAGACCUUUGCACAGCAUUCACCACAAAGAUUUCCUCUAUCUUAUAAAAUUCUGCAGCUUGGCAUGUGUUUAACUUUUUAUAUAACAUGAGAUAGUUUCACUGAGAGCCCUAUAUAUCUAUCCCUAGGAUAGUAGAGUCAGAACAUUCAUCAAUCAAUCAACAUUUAUUAAGAGCCUGUUUUAUGCUAGGUACUGUGCUAAGUGCUAGGACUCAUGACAAGCUACUUAAAAUAAGAACACCCCCCCCACCCCAAACUGCAAUUCUGCAGCAGGUAGUAAUGCUGUGGUUAUCCCCAACACCUGUUGCUCUUUCUCCCCUCUGGAGUACUGAUCAUAAAUAGCAGAUCUCAUCUGUUGUUUGUUUUUAAUAGUGCCUUAAAGUGCACUCUUUAAUGCCCUAUGAAGUAAGCAGCAUAUAACUAUCAUUAUUCCACAUUUCUCAGGUAAGGUAACUGAGGCUCACCAAGUUCCAGUGAAUUGCCCACAGUCAUACAGCUAGGAGGGAGCAUGAACUCAAAUCCAAAUUUUUUCCAACUUCUGGUCCCAAGGCUUUUCCCAUUAGGUCACGCUGCUUAUUGAUCCAUCUUGCUUAGUAAGACUUAAAUACUACUGGAAAAAUAGGUGUCACCUAACCUUACUUUAGAAGUCUGUUACUCAUAUUAAUUUUAAUUGAUUUUGCAAAUAACAAUAUGGACUGAGUGGAGGCAAGAGGUCUCCUGCUGUACCUGAGUAGUUUAGGACUGUUCCUUUUUUUUUAAGAAAGUUGUGAAUUUUCUUCUCCUUUUUAUAUAAUAAAAACGUAUGAUGUUCUAUCAGUCCCACCUUGGGGAAUGCUAUAAAUUUCCCUAUUUGGCACUGAAAUAUCAAAGCUUAUUUUAAAAAAAUUUUCAGAAACACUUAGCAUCAACUAACUGGAAUUUUUUUCCUAGAUGUGAAAAAUGAUGAUUAUAUUUGAAAUUGGGAGAAAGGAGUGGCACAAAACUACAAAAAUAAAAACUAUCAUGUGUAUAUGGAAAAUCAUAUAUGUGAUACAGAACUGCUAUCCUUUUAGAAAAUAAUGCCAUAUGUAAUUCACUGUUUUUUUCCCUAUCAGUUAAGACUCAAUAUAUUGUCUUAUUUUGUUAAAUCAGGGUUUGACUUUACACACUGAACUUUCUGAAUUUUAUCUUACAUAACUUUAGACACUAAAAUAAUCCCUCAGAAUGUUCUUCUUUCAUUGCACAGUUAUGCUUUUCAUAUGAAAUGCUACUUAAAUUGUUUAAAUAUUUAUAAUUAGUAUACAGUUAAUUACCCUAUUUUUUAUAGCUGAAAGUACAUGGAAAUGGUAUGUUUAAACUUCUUGUAUAUACUGUAUUUAGAAAUGGAAAUCUAUGUAAUAUUAGGUUUUCAAUUCUUUAAAGAUUUACUUUUCCAUGAUGUGGUUUAAAACCCCACCCUUCUAUAAUCCUGUGAAUUCUAAUUCCCACAGAUUACCUUUAAAGUAAUGCAACAACACUUUUAAAACAGAAUAAACUUUUGAGACAAAACAGAA